GCGAGGAUUGGGGGUCCCCGCAGCCAAUGAGCGGGAGGGAAGGGGGUGGGGCCUCUUCCUGAACGCCGCGGCCACAGCGGUCAGUCUGGGGCGGGGGGGGGAGAAGCAGUUUGGUCGGAGACCCGGCCCAGCCCGGCCCGCCCCGGCCCGCACCAUGGAGGGGGAGGCGGCGGUCCCGGCGCCGCGCUACUUUAUAGUCCUCCUCCUGGCGGCGGCAGCUGUGGCGGAGGCCGCCGUGGGGCUGGUCCCUGGCACUUCGGGUGCCUUAUGUUGUUAUCAUGCGAAGGAUAACCUAAUGUGUCGUGAUGUUUGUGAACAGAUCUUAUCAUCAAAAAGUGAAUCUCGCCUAAGACACCUUUUACAGAGAGCACCAGGCUAUUGCCCAGAAUCAAUGGUUGACGUUUGGAAUUGUAUGAACUCUUCUUUACCAGGUGUUUUUAAGAAGUCUGAUGGCUGGGUUGGCUUAGGCUGUUGUGAACUGGCCAUUGUUUUGGAAUGUCGACAGGCAUGCAAACAGGCUUCUUCUAAGAAUGAUAUUUCCAAAGUUUGCAGAAAAGAAUAUGAGAAUGCCCUUUUCAGUUGCAUUAGCCAAAAUGAAAUGGGCUCAGUUUGUUGUAGUUAUGCUGGUCAUCACACAAACUGCCGAGAAUACUGUCAAGCCAUUUUUCGAACAGACUCUUCUCCUGGUCCAUCUCAGAUCAAAGCAGUUGAAAGUUAUUGUGCAUCUAUUAGCCCACAGUUAAUACACUGUGUGAACAACUACACCCAGUCUUAUCCGAUGAGGAAUCCAACAGAUAGUUUAUAUUGCUGUGACAGAGCUGAAGACUAUGCCUGCCAAAAUGCUUGCAAGAGAAUUCUUAUGUCAAUGAAGACAGAACUUGAAAUAGUUGAUGGACUCAUAGAAGGUUGUAAAACAAUGCCUCUGCCACAGGAUCCACUCUGGCAGUGUUUUCUUGAAAGCUCAAGGUCUGUUCACCCUGGCGUCACUGUAUAUCCACCUCCUUCAACAGGCCUCGAUGGAGCCAAAUUACAUUGCUGUUCUAAAGCAAAUACUUCCACAUGUAGGGAACUAUGCACUAAGCUUUAUAGCAUGAGCUGGGGCAAUACACAGAGCUGGCAAGAGUUUGAUCGAUUUUGUGAAUAUAAUCCAGUAGAAGUUUCCAUGCUGACCUGUUUAGCAGAUGUUCGAGAGCCUUGUCAGUUGGGCUGUAGAAACCUUUCUUACUGCACUAAUUUUAACAACAGGCCAACAGAGCUUUUCAGGAGCUGUAAUGCUCAGUCGGACCAAGGAGCCAUGAACGACAUGAAGCUAUGGGAAAAAGGAAGCAUAAAAAUGCCAUUUAUAAACAUACCUGUUCUGGACAUUAAAAAAUGUCAACCUGAAAUGUGGAAAGCAAUUGCUUGCUCCCUGCAGAUUAAACCUUGUCAUAGCAAAUCCAGGGGAAGCAUUAUUUGCAAAUCUGAUUGUAUAGAGAUUCUUAAGAAAUGUGGAGAUCAAAAUAAGUUUCCUGAAGACCACACAGCUGAAAGCAUUUGUGAGCUUCUGUCCCCUACAGAUGAUUUGGAGAACUGUAUACCUUUAGAUACAUAUCUUAAGCCAAGUUCCUUAGACAGCAUUGUAGAAGAUGUUACUCAUCCCUGUAACCCAAAUCCUUGUUCUGCUAAUGAAUUAUGUGAGGUGAAUAGAAAAGGAUGUCAGUCUAGUGAUCCAUGUCUUCCUUAUUUUUGUGUUCAAGGUUGCAAAUUAGGAGAAGCUUCAGAUUUCAUUGUCCGGCAAGGAACGCUUAUCCAGGUACCUUCAUCUUCAGGAGAAGUUGGUUGUUAUAAAAUUUGUACUUGUGGACAAAGUGGACUAUUAGAAAACUGUAUGGAAAUGCAUUGUGUAGACCUGCAGAAGUCUUGUAUUGUUGGAGGGAAAAGAAAAAGCCACGGAAUGUCUUUUAACAUAGACUGCAAUGUCUGUUCCUGUUUUGCUGGCAAUUUGAUAUGCUCUACCCGCCUGUGCCUAAAUGAACACAGCUCAGAGGAUGAUCGCCACACAUUUACAGGUCUACCAUGUAACUGUGCAGAUCAGUUUGUCCCAGUGUGUGGACAGAAUGGACGCACUUAUCCAAGUGCAUGCAUUGCACGAUGUGUUGGUCUUCAGGACCAUCAAUUUGAAUUUGGAUCAUGUGUCUCUAAGGAUCCGUGUAAUCCUAAUCCCUGUCAAAAAUCUCAAAGAUGCAUACCAAAACCUCAGGUUUGCCUGACCACUUUUGAUAAAUUUGGGUGCAACCAGUAUGAAUGUGUGCCUCGACAACUCAACUGUGACCAGAUUCGGGAUCCUGUUUGUGACACAGACAAUGUAGAACACAACAACCUCUGCACUUUAUACCAAAGAGGAAAAACUGUGUCUUACAAAGGCCCAUGUCAGCCCUUUUGCAAAUCAGCAAAACCCGUUUGUGGACACAAUGGUGAAACCUACAGUAAUGUGUGCGCCGCCUAUGCUGAUCGGGUGGCAGUGGACUACUCUGGCCCCUGCCAGGCUGUAGGAGCACUCUCAGAAUACAGCUCCUUCACAGAGUGUGCUGCAGUCCAGUGUCCUCCUCUCCCAGCAGCUGGAUGCAAACCAGUCAUCUCACCUGGUGCGUGUUGCCCAUUGUGUGCAGGGAUGUUAAGAGUUUUAUUUGACAAGGAAAAGUUGGAUACAAUUGCCAAGGUAACAACCAAAAAACCCAUAACUGUUCUGGAAAUACUUGAGAAAAUUCGCUUGCACAUUUCAGUUCCACAGUGUGAUGUAUUUGGCUACUUAAGCAUUGAAUCAGAAAUAGUGAUUCUGAUCAUUCCUGUUGAUCAUUAUCCAAAAGCAUUACAGAUCGAGGCUUGCAAUAAAGAAGCAGAAAAGAUUGAGUCACUGAUCAAUUCUGAUAGCCCAACUCUGGCAUCACACGUUCCACUUUCAGCACUUAUCAUCUCCCGGGUGCAAGUUUCAAGUAGCCUUCCCUCUGCUAGCACAAAAACUCUGCCUCUCUAUUGUCCCUUUUUCUUCAGCCUUGUACUUGCCUUAUUAGUUUUGCAUGGCACAUAACUGCUUACAAAAUGUGCAAAACUAAUUCUCUAUGAUAUGUUUCUUUUCCAUAUUGUAAAAAACAUUCAGGACUGAUGGUCUUUAUUAUGGCAAUCACCAAGUAAAAGCACAUGUCACUUGAAUAAUGCACCACACAGUAUUUUUCUUUUUAAGUAAUGUUUCUCAUUAUCAAAUCUUCUACAUUUUUUACAAUUAUGAGAUAGAAAAUGAGUCUUCAGAAUAACUUUUUAAAAACUAGAUCUUUGACAUUGUAUUACAACAUGAACUUGAUCUGAAAUUUGCUUAGAGAUGUGCUCUACCAUUGGGAAUCUGGUGAAUGAGAUGCUGUUACCCACCUUAGGGAUAUUUUUUGGUUUUGUUUUUUGUUUUGCUUUAUAAAAGGAUUCGCUUCAUGGAAGGAUUCCUUGCUGGGUUCCUUUAAUGGGAAGGUUCCAGUGUUUUUCAGCAUUUGUUUACAUAUCAGCUACUUGAACCAGAAGCUCAGAUACAAAGAAAUGUAGUAUUAGUAAAGGCACUGCCAACUCAGUAUCAGAAAUGAAGAUAAAAUAUUUCAGAAAUUAUCAUGUUUAGUUAGUGAAAAAUGUGAGACUCUAAAAAAUUCAACUGACACCUUACAGAGCUAUAUAAGAACACAUCCAUUAGUUUAAUGACAAGGUACCCUUCCUGUAAUUAAGUGUCUCAUUAUAUCCCGUAGCUAGAUAUGUCACAGACGAGUUUCUGACUUUUAUGAAAGGGAAAAGUCCUCUAAAGUACAUUAAAAAGAUGUUUUUUAAGCAAUAAAGGAAGCAUUCUCUGCCUUAUGCAAUUUCAUAUUACUCAAACCUAAUUUGGGUGGGAACAGUCAACUGUACUGACAGGGUUUUUAAAUGUCAGUCUUAAAACAAAUUGCUGCUACUUAAAUAAUUGCCAAAAAGUGAAGUAAUUAGUUGUUUGUGUAAAUAAUUCAUGAUCCUUAUAUUCCUUAUAUUUUAUUAUGAAGAAAACUAAUAGCCAUGUUUUUAAAAUGACAAUCACAAAUGUUAUCCGGUACUUUUUUUUCCCAUGAAGAUGCAUUCUGUCUUUAUAGUAUGUCCAUUGUAGAUACUAUGUAUUAUGCCUUAUUCCUUGUCGCAAAAUUUUUUUUAUGUUUGUUUUUAUAUAAAUAUACUAUAUAUAUGUAUAGAUACUAUUCUAAAUAUUAAAAUGUCUCGCAUGUUGUUUAUUAAAUUUUAUACUUUAUGUGUUUAAAUAUUUGAAAUAAGCUAUACAAUUUAAUACUUAUUUUAUGCGCCUGAAUUUAAAUUCUACAUGAAGAAUUUUUUUUUCAGUAUUAGCCAACUUUUGAAGAAUAUAUGGACAUAAUUAUUUUUUGCCAAAAUGAUGUUUAAAGUAGGCACUUUGGGAAUAUCCAUAUGCUAAUGUAGCAUGUUUGUAACACUUGCUCUCUUGUCUGUGUAAAUGUCUUCAAUGCAAUGUACCAGGCAGCUUUUCUAUUUUAAUAAAACAAUUUUUAUUUUCUCAUGUG